UUUAAUACAGCAUACUAUGCCAAACUACACAGUGAUGUCCAGAACAACGGUCAGAGCUAAAAUAAAAAAAACAACGGAGGAAAUGAAAGCCAAAGUAAGGAGAGCGAUGCAGAACAUUGAAUACAUCGCGACUACCACAGACUGCUGGACGGCUUUUCGUCAAAGUUUUAUUGGAGUGACCGCCCACUGGAUCGAGCCAGACAGCCUAGAGAGAUGUUCGGUUGCUCUUGCGUGCAAAAGGCUUAAAGGAUCACAUAUAUUUGAUGUAUUAGCUGGAGCCCUUAAUGACAUCCAUACUGAAUACAACAUUUGCAAAAAGAUUGUCAGGACCACUAUUGACAAUGCUUCAAAUUUCAUCAAGGCCUUCAGGGUUUAUGGUUGUGACGAAGAAAGUUCGGUUGGGGGGGGAGAGGAAGAUGUGAGUGACAGUGAGAAUGCUGAAGAUCUGGAAGAGGAGAUAGAGGGUGUUGAGAUACAAGGUGUCAUGGAUGAAGAGGAUGGUGGUUCCGAAUAUCAGCUCCCAAAGCACCACCGUUGUGCAUGUCAUCUUCUGAACUUGAUCUCAACAGUAGAUGCCACAAAAGCCAACUCAAAUCAGGUCUACAAAAAAAUGUCACGUGCAGCAUUUGCUAAGUGCACGGCACUGUGGAACAAGAGUGCUCGCUCCACCUCAGCUGCAGAGGUGAUUGAAAGGGAGUGCAAGCUCCAACUUAUUCGACCAAAUGACACUAGGUGGAACUCCCUCUUUCUUUCAGUGGAACGAUUGCUAAGAAUCAUCCAAGACAGUGGAGAAGGAGCCAUCAGAGCAGUUUGCAUUGCACUUAAAGUCCCCAUGUUCAGCCCUGCAGAACUUGCCUUUUUGACUGAAUAUGUUGCUACCAUGAGCCCAAUCGCCAAGGCACUGAACAUAAUGCAGACAGAAGUGAAUGUCCAUAUGGGAUGGCUGGUGCCCACUAUUACCCUCCUAACUGUGAAGCUUGACCGCCUCCUAACCUCAUCCAAGUUCUGCGAGCCACUGAUCUUUGCCCUUCAAGAAGGAAUACAGCAGCGGUUUGGACCCAUGCUUUUGGACCCCGAACUCAUUGCUGCUGCAAUUUUACUUCCGAAGUUUCGGACUUCCUGGACAAGCAAUGAGGACUUGCUGAAACUGGGCAUGAACUACAUCAAGACUCAUUUGGAGCAGGAGCCAGUGCAGUCUAACCAGUCAGAGCAGCAAGAGGAAGAGGACGAGGACUACUUUGACAUCAUGAAAGACAAUGUCCAAGAGACCUCUAAGCAGCUGGAUGUAUACCUGGCCAGCACAGCUACCACCAUGGUCGUUCUCAAAUCAGUGCCUGCCGUGUACAGAUUGUCGCUUAAGGUAAAUACACCGUUGCCUGCCUCUGCAGCCUGUGAGAGACUCUUCAGCUCAGCAGGGCAGAUUUUUACCCCCAAAAGAGGCAGGCUCGGUUCAGAGAACUUUGAAAACCAACUCCUUUUGAAGCUCAACAAAAAAUACUGGUGAUGUGGUGAAGUUUUUUAAAAGUGCUCCAAAAUGUUCACAGGUUGUUUUGGUUUUUGAGUCUUGAUGGAGACUAGAGACGGAGUUGAA